GCCGGUUCAUGGCCAUCUCGGUACCAGACCUGUACCAUCACGUGACCAAACGACCUAGUUACGACAUGCUCGCCCAGGCCCCAGGAGAGUACGGCAACUGGGGGUUCAAACGUCCAGGACCUGAUGGUGUCUUCACCCUGUUUCUGUCGGAGCCCAAAGGGGUGAUGGUGCCCCCUGUUUUGGUGGACAUGAACAAGGACGGGGUGAAGGACGUUCUCAUGACCGCCUUCACGGGGGCCAUGGUGCUGUAUGACGGGGAGACCAUGGAAGUCAUUUGGAAGAUCAAGCUGGAGGAACGGGAGUCUUACAGCACACCCGCCCCCGGUUUCUUCAACGACGAUGACGUCCUCGACUUUAUGGUUCAUUGGAGCUGGGGUGCCUGGCCGUUCUACAACACCACAGACGUACGGCGGAGCGCGGGCACGGACGGCCAGAUUGAGCUGACGGAGUCCCUGAUGACAGACCCAGGCACCGACCUCACGGGCUCUCUGCUCACUGAGCACCACGUGCGACACACCCGAGCCAGCUCCGACAAUAGUUACGUGGAGUGUGAGUCUGACCAAACGGUGUACCUGACGGAGAUGUUCGCUGUUGACCGGACCUCACUGGACAGACCGCUCAAGCUCUGGCAGAAGGGAUCGGAAAAGUUUUAUUAUAAGCUGACAGCCCGGGACAAGCAGCGUGUGGAGGAGGUGAUGGCCCACUACGGCGUGAACUACACCAUGACGGAGAACGAGGUGCCCUGGUCCAGGGGCAAGAGGCAGGAGCGGUCAGUGCAAAAGCGAGACGACCUCCUACCGUACUGCAUACUCAAACAGCCGGAUGAGAGGACGACGGGUGCUAUCGGUGACGUUGACGGUGACGGCCGCCUGGACGUGAUCGUGAACGUGGUGUCGGUAGGCGUGAUCCGAGACAGCCACGCCUACUUCGUCAAGAUGAAGUUCGAGACAGACCUCUACAAGUUCAGUCUCGACGACCUCCUGUCUCAGCAUCAAGCCACGCCCAUCAACGUCACUGUACACGACAGACUCAAGUUCCAGUCCUCCAAGGGAGCUGAGCCGAUGACGUCACUACGGUUUCGCCCCGCCAACGAGCAGAUUUGGGGCGGGUACAUGGGCACAUUGGGCGACAGUGUCUUCGAUCCGGCGUCUGUCGAGGGGAGAGGCCGGAAGUGAUAUGCUCGCUAUUGUACAUUAAAAUACGUAAAAGCCAAUGAGUGUCAUGAAUCCUGACAACAAUCUAUUUUUGUUAUCUCAUCUCUGAUUGGAUGUUUUUUAAAAAUUAAAACUAAAAUGAAUUUCUUC